ACCCAUCAAAGAGAGUCCAUCUCCUCAAGAAAUGCAGCUCAGAUGCACCCCGGCAGGAAACAGGAAAUGUAAAUGUUUGGGUGAAGCAGGGAGCCAGCCAAAGAGCCCCUCAGGUGGGAGCACCGCCAAGGUAACAUGCAAAAGCAAAACCUCAUCGUGCUGCUUUCUGCCCUGUCACUGGCUGGAGGAUCUGCUGGGAAUGGCUUUGAAAACGAUGGUUCAGGAGAUGGAUCACCAAUAUUACCCACUGUUACAGUAACGCCUCCUGCUACACGUUCUUCAACUGCAGAUGACCAUGAGCCAGUACUUGGCACUGCAGGCGCUACUGAAAGCGGCCCUGAAGGAAGAAGUACUCCAAGUACUGAACUGGAUACCGUAAACGAUCAAGACAGCCUAGCAGCAGCAGAACAGUCUAUCUUGAUAUACGUUGUCCCUGUCGUGCUGCUGGUCCUGUUGAUUUUGCUCAUCAUAUCUUUUGUAAUACAUCAUAAAAGGAAAAAGUCUAAGCAAGAUGAGCUGGGAAGUGAAAAUGUGAAAAGUCCUAUUUUUGAAGAAGACACACCCUCUGUUAUGGAGAUAGAAAUGGAAGAGCUUGACAAAUGGAUGAACAGCAUGAACAAAAACGCUGACUGUGAAUGCUUGCCUACUGUAAGAGAAGAAGAAAAAGAAUCCAUUGCCAACCCAAGUGAUGGUGAAUCAUGAAGUCACAAUAGCAAAGAACUGGUUAAAAUGAAGCAGUGCACAAGCUAACUAUCCUCCAGAUAUUGGAUGGACUGGAUUUACAUAGAAUUCAUCUCAAAAGGCCGGAGAAGCAAAAGCUUUUGUUGUGUUCUGCUACAUAGUCUUCAGAAAGGAAACAUCACCAAAGGGAAGGAAAUAGAAAAAGGAAGAGGACUAUAGUAAGAUCAGGGGCUGAUUUAAAUUCCUUCUGCAAUGAGAAUUAUCUCACUUCAAGAGAAGCCUUUUCUCCUCCUAAAAGUUCUCAAAAUAGUUCCUGUUUCUGUCUAGUCCUUCAGUUGUGUAUUGUGUGGCACUUAAAACCACUUCUGUUCCAAGUUUGGUGGGUUUGUUUUGUUUGGUUUUUUUUUUGUGAGUUAUUGUUUUUAUAUAUAAAUAGCAGCCAUAAUUCUGGACUGCCCUGGUUUGGUGGAUGUGAUGCUCAUGCCUAUGCAAUGUUUGGUUUUCAAUUUUCUGUUCGGUACUGGUGCACUGAUUUGCACAGGGCAUCUGCUGGGGAGGUACUAGACUAGGACUGACAGACCAACUCUGAGAACAGAGCAGCUGAAAAGACUCUCAAAGGAUUUGCCACAGGUGACUGCAGCCCAGUGAGGGCAUGGUUUGUGUAGCAUGCUUUUUGGUUUUCAAAUUAAAAGCAUUGGAGAAGUGAAAAAUA